CUGCUGCUUCGGCCUAGCUAGUAUAAAAGACGGCGCCUUUGCAUGGAGAUUCACAAAAGCUCGCCAAAUACUCGGCUUGUGUUCGAAGAACCGUGAACGUUGCAUCCUACGCCACCCUUUCGGUGACUUAGCAAGAGCUACAACAAUGAAGUGUGCCAUCGCAUUCGCAAUUUUGGCCGUUGCCAUCACUGCUGCCAAGGACGAAACAAAGGCUAAAUCUGCUAUUGUAUCAAAAGGAAGGAGCAAGCGUGCUGCCUACGAACUGCCAGAUGGCGUAGAAUUCAUUGUAGGAUCCGUCAAGACCAGCUUCCAGUGUCCAGCCCGCAACGGUUACUUUGCCGACGUGGACAACAACUGCCAACUCUUCCACGUGUGCAACGUCGUCACCCAUCCAGACGGAAACACCGAAGUCCAGCAAUACAGCUUCUUCUGCGGGAACCAGACAGUUUUCAAUCAGCUCACCCUUACCUGUGCCUUCCCAGAGGAAGCCGUCCCAUGUGGCAACGCCCCAGACUUCUUCUAUGUCAACGACAACAUCGGUAUCCCUGAUGCUCCUUUCCUGACCGACGCCGACGUGCAGAAGGGCGUUCAGCUGUACCCCGGCUACGGCCAAAGCAAGGCAGCGGCCGCCUCCAACCUGAGGGAGACGCGAGUCCCAGCAGGACAAAGAAACUACAACUAUGAUAACAACCAGCAGUAUCAGCACCAGCAGCAGCGUUAUUUCCGCUAAAAUGUUUUGUCAUUGUGUCACGUCCUGUUGCACGCGUGUAAACUGCUAAGCUCUAAUAGGAAAAUGAGUGUGGAAGGGAUGACAUAACACCGGUGUGAAAAACUUCACCGUAGCGACAGUCUUAGCUCGACUAGUAGGUCAUACGAAUCAGACACAUUACUUCAAAAGGAGCGUUAACGUAAUGAGCAAUUUUUAGGUAGGCGCGGUAGGAUCGUCCUCUGGGUACAGCCCAGAGAAAUAUACGACUGGCCGAUUUAAAUUUCCUACUGGAGAACAAGAAGCACAAGGCAA